CGUCGUCAGUCGUCAGUCCACGGUCCACAGUCCCGCAAUUGGGAGGUGGGUGGCCGGGCUUGGCAAUGACGUAUGUUCAUUCAUGUCACCACCGUAGCCCCUCCACCUCGCAACCAGCUACUGCUCACACGAGCUACAAAAGCUUCACUCUGCCUCCCCCUCUUUCUUUCCUUCUUCCACUUUUCUAUUCCUCAAUCUUAACCACCACAUCUUCCACAUUCCCCAAUCUACCAGCUCAAAGGUCUCAAUUGAGUACCCACACUUUCACCAGCACUACCACAACAAACACCAACCACACCCACUUCAUCAAUCAAAAUGGCUCGCGGAGAAGGAGGUCAGACCAAGGUCCACUUCAAGGGUAACGAGGAUGACUUCAUCAUCCUCGUCGACAGCGCUCAGGCCGUCAAGGACUGGAAAGCCGACUCAUCCAUCCCCCUUGCACAGGUUGUGAGCGGAUGGAAGAUCUUCGUCACCCACAAGCAAGGCAACCAGGGUAUCCUCGACGGCGCUAGCAACGGAGCUCUCGAUUCUGAGUUCGGCACACACAAGGAGGAGGAAGUUGUCAAGAUCAUCUUGGAGAAGGGCACCGUACAGGAGAGCGAGAACAAGGAGCGCCAGGGUGAUACCAACAUCGCCAACGGCCCUGCGAUCGCACACUAGAAACGUUGUCCCCGGUCAGGGCAUCACCCUUUACCAUCAGCUGAAGGCGUGGAUGCCCCUAACUUUGGACAUUGCCCAACUCUCUAGAAUAUUACCGUCACGAGUUACGACAAUUUGCAUAAGCGGAUAAAAUCCGUACUCAACACAUCUCGGGCAUGUGGACGCCGCCUGAGACAUGGCCGCUACUUUCUGCCAGUAUUCGUAAGUGUACCUCUGCUGGGAUGCGAGGUCAACGAAUCUUUAUAGGGAUGAUAUCCACAUAAUUCACC